AGGAGUGGGAGUGUAGCAGCUCCAACCAAAUAGAGUUGAAUGAUUGAACUUUCUUUUUUAGUUUGUGCAGCUCCCCUGCCUCUAUCCCCUUCACACAGAGUGUGGUCAGCACAGGGAAGCUCCACUCUCCUCUUCCCUUGAUUGAUCUCUUGUAGAAGAUGAAGGAUCACGGCUGUUCCAUGACCCUUUUCCUAUGGAUUAUCUUCCUGUGGGGCAGCUUUCCUAACACUAACUCAGCUUCUGCUACUUCUCGCAAGCAGGAUGAGUCCUUCUCUACCAUGAGUGUGUAUAGAGCAAGAUGCACAUCCAGGUGCCUGAGCCUGCACAUCACUCGCAUCUCUGCCUUCUUCAAACACUUCCAGAACAAUGGUUCCUUGAUUUGGUGCCAGAAUCACAAGCAAUGCUCAAAGUGCUUGGAACCUUGUAAAGAAACCUGGGAUUUGAAAAAGAAUAGCUGCCAAAGUCUCUGUGAGCCACUGUUUCCGAAGAAGCACUAUGAAUGUUUAACCAGCUGUGAGUUUCUGAAAUCCGUCUUGUCAGUAAAACAAGGCGACUGCCCAGCUCCAGAGAAAGCCAGUGGAUUUGCGGCAGCAUGUGUGGAAAGCUGUGAUGCUGAUAAUGAAUGCUCUGGGGUAAAGAAGUGCUGUUCCAAUGGAUGUGGCCAUACAUGUCAAGUACCUAAAAACUUAUACAAAGGUGUUCCACUAAAGCCAAGGAAGGAAUUAAGCUUCAGUGAACUUCAACACGGGAAUCUUGAAAUUAGGUGGUCUUCAAAAUUCAACAUUUCUGUUGAGCCAGUGAUCUACGUGGUUCAGAGAAGAUGGAAUUAUGGGAUACACCCAAGUGAGGAUGAUGCUACACCCUGGCAAACAAUUUCACAGAGCACAGAUGAAAGGGUCCAGCUCUCUGAUGUCAGACCGAGCAGGUGGUACCAGUUCAGAGUGGCCGCUGUUAAUGUGCAUGGUACAAGAGGCUUUACAGCACCCAGCAAACACUUCCGUUCAUCUAAAGACCCAUCCGCUCCACCAACACCGAUAAAUCUCAGGAUAGCUAACUCAACAACAAACAAUGAUGGUACUGUUACAGUUUGGGUCUCUUGGGAUCUUCCAGAAGAACCUGAUAUUCCUUUGCAUCACUAUAAAGUGUUUUGGAGCUGGACUUCCCAUGGCAAAUCUGUUGUUCCAGCUAAGAAGAAGCGUAGGAAGACAACAGAAGGGAGCCAGAAUUAUGUGACUCUAGAAGGAUUACAGCCCAACAGCAAUUAUAUGGUAGAGAUUCAAGCUAUUACAUACUGGGGACAAGUACGUCUAAAAAGCGCAAAGGUCUCUUUGUAUUUUUCCUCCGGACCAUCAAGCUCAUCUAAAGAUCAAAUAUCAAAAGUCAGUAAAAUGAAGACUGAUACUUUAGUGCCGCCUCAAAGAAAACGCACCGGUCACAUGCUGGAAAUCGGAGCUCCGUUCUACCAGGAUAAUCAACUUCAGGUCAAAGUUUACUGGAAGAAGACAGAAGAUCCUCUUUUGGGACUUUAUCAUGUUCAAUGGAUUCCUGAAUCAUGUACAAACAAUGAAACCAAAGGACCUGAGAAAGCUGUAACCCAAGAUCACCACAUUAUCCUACCUGGGUUAUUAUUUUCAUGCAAAUACAAAGUCACAAUACAGCCAGCCAGAUCUAAGGGCCAUUUAAAGGCUGAAAGCAUUUUCUUCACUACUCCUCUCUGUUCAGCGCUGAAAGGCAAAAACCACAAACACAUCAAUUGUCCAACUGAAGGAGGACAAGUUGUUGCUAAAGUGUUGGCAAAACCUGAAAAUCUAUCGGCUUCUUUCAAUGUGCAUGAGAAUAACAUUACUGGACAUUUUUCAUGGAAAUUGUCCAAGUUAAACCUUCAUCAACCUAUGACAGGAUUCCAAGUCACAUGGGCAGAAGUCACAACAGAAAGCCGACAAAACAGCCUACCCAAUAGUAUAAUUUCACAGUCUCAGAUAUUGCCAGUGGACCAUUAUGUUCUCACUGUCCACAAUCUUAGGCCUUCAAUGCUUUACCGACUAGAAGUUCAAGUUUUAACAACCGGCGGUGAAGGACCAGCCACAAUAAAGACCUUCAGGACACCAGACAUACUUCCCUCUAUACCUCACAGGCCUCAUAUGAAGCAACACCAUUCUCAUCAUUACAAACCAUCUCCGGAAAAAUUUUGAAGUUUUUUUUUUUUUUAUCCAGAAUUAUAUGAAUGGAACUUUGCAUGAUAGCCAACAUACACUUGGAAGGACAAUGUAGAAUUUUACCUGGAUCUUUUUCAGUUUCAUGAUAACAAGAAGUUAUGUCCGCUUCAAUCUGUCCUGGAUUUUCAGUGUGUCUUCUUCUCAAGUCCCAGUAUGCAUUGUGUAGCAUAUAUUGAAGGAUAGAUUUUAAGCUCUUGUGUUGUUUUAUUGUAUUUCACAUAGCUUGGAAAGUGCUUUAUAUGGCACUUCUGUUUUUAUGUGUAUCAUUUAUUCCUUGUAGUUAAUGGUUCUGUGAAUAUUAUAUAUUGUAAAUACAGCUUAAUAUAGAUGCCUAAAUAAUUAUUAAGGAACAGGAUGAGGCCAGUGGAAAAAGAAGAAGCAAUAAGAUAAACAGUACAAAAAAUAAGAGUGUUAAAGAAUGCCGAUUCAAUGGACUGGGCAAUAUCGGUAUAAUGGUAAAUACUGCAUUUAGCCUUAUCUAGUUACCAUUUUACACAGUGGUGCUGAAGCCAAGAAUUACUUUUACCUCCAAUCUACAAAAUUCAGAAUAGAAUGGAAGUAUUUUAUGAGCUACUUAUAGAAGCUCCAUGUACAUGAAUGUUUCUUACAUUUUUUUGUGAUAUCCACGAUAUGCAGCAAUUGUGAUAUUGUCAUUAGCAGUCAUGCUAUAAUUUUAGAUAUAAUUUAUUAUUUUUAUUUAAUUUUUUUUUCUUACUUUACAUUACAUCUUUUCAUUUCAUUGUCUUCCAGUGGUUAUCUAUUUACCCACACUCAAAUUUGGAGACCUUUCAAACGUAUUUCAGCCCGCUAUAGCUAGUCAUUCUUGCUAUUUAUAUGGAUUUGCUAAAAAAAAAAAAAAAAAAAAAUUCUAGCAUAGCAUAUAUUAGCUUAUUUUACUUCAAAUGCACAUUGUGUUGAUCGUAAUAAAAUAGCACUCUUUUCAUUUAUAUUCUGUAUGUAUGUAAUAUAUGGCAUUGAAGACAAUUUCACAACCAACAUGGAUGGUGAAUUAGAAAUAUACCGACAUAAAUCCAAGUAUUUAUAUUGUAUUCUUUUUUGUAUGUUAAGAGCCCUUAUAGUCAUAUUAAGUAUUUGCAGUAUUUUUAUUGUUUAACUUGCUGAGGAUAUAUUUUAUGUUUAACAUGGCAUUGACUACAACAGACAUUGAUUAAAAUAGUGGCAUUAUGUUUGACAUAUUAAUAGUAAUAAUAGUCAUAUUUCAUUAAUGUGCAUUGAACUAAUUGGAGAUGAGAAAAUGAAAUUGGCUUAAAUAGUAUUCGGUCAAAAUUUCACAAACAAAAAAAAAAAUUGUGAUACGCUUCAGAUUGCUCCUAAACACUGUGCAACAUGGGAGUAAGCAGAGAUGCUGUAUGCAUCCCAGCUUCCAUUAUUUUACUAGGCUAGGUGCGUUGCAUUCAGACCAGCCGCUUAGUGCAUUCUACAUGACCGGAGUCUUUGCUCCUUCACACCUUUUGUAUGGACAACCAAAGGACAUCGGGGUCACUCUUGAUUGCAAGUCAGGAUCUAAGCCUAAAACUAACCUAACAUUUGCCAAAUAUUGGGAGAUUUGCUCAUCUUGAUUAAAAAAAUAAA